CGCCGGAGCCCGGCCAUGGACGGGGAAAGCCCGCUGGACCUGCCCGCCCCCGCCGGGACCCCGCUGUGGAAGAGGCGAUCCAGCCCCCUGCCAGCCUUGCCCGCCCUGCCAGCCGUGCCCGCCCUGCCCGCCCGGACCAAAGUGCGGCCAAGGUCCUGCCAGAGCCCAGGAGGCAAGCUCGGCCCCCCCGGCUCCCCGGCCCGGCCAGGGGGCAGCCCCCCGCCCUGGCACUGCCCCGGGAGGUCUCUGCCCAACGGGGGCCCUGCUGGCGUCUGCGGGGUCCAGAGGGUCGGGGGUCCAGGCCGGGAGCCGGCACGCCCACCGCUGGCCCCCAGCCCCCCAGCCCCAGGGGCGCCCGCCCGCUUUAUUCCCACCCCCGCGGCCUCCCCUAACAACCCACCACCCCGCCAGCCUGGCCGGACUGCCCAAGGCCCAGAGAAGGGCUCCCCGGCGCCCUCGUCCCCUCCCCCGGGACCCAGGCCACCCCUCCAGCCCAGCCGGACAGUCCAAGGCCCAGACAGGGGGUCUCUGGUACCCUCCCCCCCUCCCCCGGGAUCCAGGAUGCCUCUCCAGCCCGGCUGGACAGCCCAAGGCUCAGAGAUGGGGUCCCCGGCACUCUCAUCCCCUCUUCUGGGACCCAGGCGGUCCCCCCAGCCUGGCCAGGCAGCCCAAGACCCAGAGAGGGGGUCCCAGGCACUCUCAUCCCCUCUUCUGGGACCCAGGCGGUCCCCCCAGCCUGGCCAGGCAGCUCAAGAUCCAGAGAAGGGGUCCCUGGCAUGCUCAUCCCAUCUUCUGGAACCCAGGCGGUCCCCCCAGCCUGGCCAGGCAGCCCAAGACCCAGAGAAGGGGUCCCUGGCAUGCUCAUCCCAUCUUCUGGAACCCAGGUGGUCCCCCCAGCCUGGCCAGGCAGCCCAAGACCCAGAGAAGGGGUCCCCGGCAUGCUCAUCCCAUCUUCUGGAACCCAGGCCGUCCUCCCAGACUGGCCAGGCAGCCCAAGAACCAGAGAAGGGGUCCCUGGCACUCUCAUCCCCUCCCCCAGGACCCAGGCCACCAUCCCAGUCAGGCCGGACAACCCAAGGCCCAGAGAGGGGGUCCCCAGCGCUCUCGUCCCCUAUCCCGGGACCCAGGCCGCCCCUCCAGAGGCCGCCUCCCAGCCCCCAACAAGUCCCUGAAAAGCCUGUGGUCAUCUUGAGCACCAACAGCCCCGCCGCCCUUAAAGUGGGCAAGCAGCAGAUCAUCCCCAAGGGUCUCGCCUCCGAGAUCAAACUGACCGGCAAGGCCGCCGGCCUGAACCUCGAGCCCCACAAGAGGGUCCUCAAGGUCCGCAGCUUGGUGGACAGCGUCCCCUCGCCUGAUGGGGACAGAGAGGUGGAAGAGGAGGUGGACAGCCCCGGCUCCCUGAGGAGGGGGUUGCGCUCUACCUCCUACCGCAGAGCCGUCGUCAGUGGCUUGGAUUUUGACAGCCCCACAAAUUCCAAGAAGAAAAACCGCAUGUCCCAGCCCAUCCUGAAAGCCGUCGUGGAGGACAGGGAGAAGUUUUCUAGCCUGGGGAGGAUAAAGAAGAAGAUCCUGAAAGGACAAGGGACAUUCGAUGGGGAAGAAAAUGCUGUACUGUAUCAGAACUAUAAAGAAAAAGCUCUAGACAUCGACUCUGAUGAAGAUUCUGAGCCCAAAGAACAAAAAUCAAAUGAGAAGAUAGUCAUUUGCUAUAAGCCAUUGAGAUCAACAUGGAGCCAGCUCUCAGUGGUGAAAAGGAAUGGUUUAUCUCAAACAAUUAGCCAGGAGGAAAGAAAGAGGCAAGAGGCUAUGUUUGAAGUGAUAUCUUCAGAACAUUCAUAUUUACUUAGCUUGGAAAUCCUCAUACGGAUGUUCAAAAAUUCGAAGGAACUGAGUGACACAAUGACCAAAACUGAGAGCCACCACCUCUUCUCCAACAUUGCUGACGUUUGCGAGGCCAGCCAAAAAUUCUUUAAGGAGCUGGAAGAAAGGCAUCAGAACAAUAUCCUCAUAGAUGACAUAAGUGAUAUUGUGGAAAAACAUACAUCAACAACAUUUGAUCCGUAUGUGAAGUAUUGCACAAAUGAAGUCUAUCAACAACGAACUCUCCAGAAAUUAAUAGCUACUAAUCCAUCCUUUAAAGAAGUGUUAUCACGAAUCGAAUCUCAGGAAGAGUGCGGAAACCUGCCCAUGAUCUCUUUCCUCAUACUCCCCAUGCAAAGGGUUACACGUCUACCGUUGCUGAUGGAUACCAUCUGUCAGAAAACACGUAAAGACUCACCGCAGUAUGAAGUCUGCAAAAGGGCCUUAAAGGAAGUUAGCAAGUUGGUCCGCUUGUGCAAUGAAGGAGCACGGAAGAUGGAGAGAACUGAAAUGAUGUACACAAUUAAUUCUCAGCUGGAAUUUAAAAUCAAGCCAUUUCCCUUGGUCUCCUCCUCCCGGUGGUUAGUGAAGAGAGGGGAAUUGACUGCCUACGUAGAAGACACCGUGCUUUUCUCAAGAAGGACAUCUAAGCAGCAGGUCUACUUCUUCCUCUUCAAUGAUGUUCUCAUCAUCACAAAGAAGAAGAGCGAAGAAAGUUACAACGUCACCGACUAUUCCCUACGGGACCAACUGGUAGUGGAGCAGUAUGAGGUAGAGGAGCCCAGUUCCUCCCCGGUGAAGAACAGCACGCCCAUCCUGUAUUCCCGCCAGAGUUCCGCCGGCCACCUCUUCACCCUGACCGUCCUCAGCAACCACGCCAACGAGAGGACCGAACUGCUGCUGGGGACUGAGACUCAGAAUGAACGUGCCCGCUGGAUAACUGCCCUGGGGCAGAGCAGUGACAGACAGGACACAGACCGAACAACGUUGACUCAGGUGGAAAUCAUCAGAACAUACACUGCCAAACAGCCAGACGAGCUGUCUCUCCAGAUGGCUGACGUGGUACUCGUUUAUCAGCGAGUAAGCGACGGCUGGUAUGAAGGGGAGCGGCUGCGAGAUGGAGAGCGGGGCUGGUUUCCCACAGAAUGCGCCAAGGAGAUCACCUGCCGCGCCACCAUAGACAAGAACAUGGAGCGGAUGGGACGGUUGCUCGGACUCGAAACCAACGUGUAGCCCCCUCGGGCUCUCCCCUCUUAACGCCCCAACCUCGCCAGUGACAUCUACACCGCAGCCCAGUGUCGGGCUGGGUUGGGCUGUGGCCGGGACUGAUUCUUGGCUUCUUAAAAUUCGGCCUAUUUUAUUGACCGACAAUAAAACAGAAGUCCGUUUUCUGUAAAAAGCUGCUGUGUUCUCUCAGGAGACUAGCGGGGUGUGUGUAGCCCAGGGUAAGGCAGUGCACGCGAUGUCCCCUGUGCACACAUGGUGUACACUGGGGGAACGCGUGCUGUCCUUGGGCAGCACGUUAUGCCUACAAACGACAGCAAACGCCUGGCUACUCUCUUUCCUUCUCUCCUCUUCAGCCUCUCUCCUGCCUGAGCCAUGUCCUACCAGGGAGCGUCAGCCAACCUUCCCGCUUCUGUUGUGCCCUCCCUGCCCUCUGAUCCGGCCUCUGCAUCAGGGAGGCCGCAGGUGGACAUUUUAACUUUGAUUAAAACAUGAUUUUAAUCCUGCCGAAUCUCAAGGUAAAGCAGAGGCGGUCCAGGGGACGGCCAGAUGGGAGAAGGGAUGAAGUGUCGGGGAUUUGCCCAAGAGGAAAAGUGCAGAAGGAGUUUCUAGGAUGUUGGGUUCCUGGCAUCCUUCUGAGCAGGGCUGGAUUUAUCUCUGAAUAAGACUCAGCGCUGUGCAUUGAGCACAAUUGAUGGUAAUAAUAAUAAUAAUAAUGAUGGCAUUUAUUAAGUGCUUACUAUGUGCAAAGCACUGGUCUAAGA